AUGGCCAUGAAAGCCCGCGGCGUGAGCAAGCUGGGCUCCGCCGUCAGUGCGGUCAGGGACGUCGCCAAUCAAGGAGAGGAGAAGGCCGAAGACACCGUCAAAGGUGGCGAGGAGAGGGCAGAGGAUACUGCCAAGGAAGGAGAAGAGAAGCUCGGCGAGACCGAGGUCCAAGCCGGCGAGACUGCCGAGGGUGCCAAGGGCGCCGCGGCGGAUGCCGGCGAGCAGGCCGGUGAGGCGGCCGAAGACGUGGCUGAUCAAAUCGACUUUUCCAUCCUCAAGGGAGGUAAGGUCAACAAGUGCGGCAACAUCGUUAACGGCGACGGCGAAGUGGUCGACCGCAUCAAGGAGGGCGUCCCGGGGCACCUCGUGGGCAAGCGCGUGGACGAGACGGGCGCCAUCUGGAACGACAGUGGCGCCGUCAUCAGCCGCGCCGAGCCCAUCCCCGAGAACGAGCUCGAGUCAUGA